CCCCGUGAAGGCGUGGUCUAAGCGAAGAGAGGCCGUCCCAGAAGCGGAAGUGUGUCUCGGCUGAUCUUUCGCUGUCAUUCGGCCACGGUCGGUUCCAGGAGAGAGGGGCAGCCAAGAAGCAAGCAAGCACACACACACAGAGGAUCGACUGGCUCUGAAGGAGAGACAGUUAGUGAGAAGAAAAGAAAAUAAAGCGAACAAUGAAACCGAUCGAAUAAGGCUUUAUGAACGAACCGAGUAUAAGUCACACACUGCCACGUUAACAAAGCUCUUCGAUGAUACGGUCCAGAUUACAGGCAGCAGAUAGAGAGCUGUGUCAUUGAGCAGGCAGGACACGUCAGGAGAAGGGAGAGAGAAAAAAAAGAGCUGACCGACUGCACUGUACGAGUCAGCUACUAAAACCGCCUCUGAAAACCUUUGCCUGCCGCACUCAUUGUUUCAAGGACACCGUCUCGCUCUCAGCCCGAGGGAAAGGAUCUCGACACAGACGACGCCGAGGUCGAAAGGUGGUGAUCAGAAGGACCAAACGAUCACGGGAUAGCACUUGUCUGUGGGGGGAGAAAACAAAUGGGGGAUUACGGGUUUGGAGUUCUAGUUCAAAACAACACUGGCAACAAGUCUGCAUUCCCGGUCCGAAUCCACCCGCAUCUGCAGCCCCCUCAUCAUCACCAAAAUGUGUCGCAGAGCCCUGCCGCUUUCAUAAACAGCACCACAGCCGCAGGGAAUGGCACCACGGGAGGCUCUCCCUGGCUCUUCCCUGCCUCCGCCACCCACAACAGCGUGCAAGACGAAAUCCUGGGGGGGCCAGAAAAACCCAAAGCACAGCAGCAACAGGAAAUGCAAGAAACGCAAGAAAAGCAGCAGUUGUCUCCCGGGAGUCACCAAGAGGGUGGAAGUGGCGGUGGGAUAAUUUCAGAAUUGGAAAAAGCCAGGUCCGAGGAAGGCAAGACAGAGAAUGGCACAUCUGACAGCAGUAAUGGAAAAGAGAAGCAGCUCCGUCUUGAGUCACCUGUUCUGACAGGCUUUGAUUACCAGGAGACAUCUGGUCUCGGGGGUACGGGCCCAGUUCAGUCCAGCACAACCUCGUCAUCGCUUUCUGGCUUCAACAACUGGUCACCCGCCAUCCCGCCUGCGCCAUCAACAAUCAUCAACGAGGAUGUCAGCUUUUUCAACCCGGCGUCUGCCAGUAACGGGCCUCUGCUGUUCCAGAACUUCUCACACCACGUCAGUCCAGGGUUUGGUGGGAACUUCUCCCCCCAGAUCGGACCAGCUGCUGCCUUGUCCCAGCACCACCCGGCUCCCCCACCCCAUCCCCAUUUCCAGCACCCCCACAGCCAACACCAGCAGCAUCGGCGUUCUCCAGCUUCUCCCCACCCGCCACCGCCCUUCCCACACAGGAAUGCAGCUUUCAGCCAGUUGCCGCAUUUGUCCAACAGCCUGAACAAGCCCCCGUCUCCCUGGGGUCCAGCCAGCUACCAGAGUCCUUCUCCCUCCCCCGGCUCCUCCACUUCCUGGAGUCCCGGAGGAGGAUAUGGUAGUGGUGGCGGCUGGGGGGGAUCUCAAGGCAGAGAUUAUCGACGCGGGCUGAAUGGCGGGAUGACUCCCAUUAACUCUAUCUCCCCACUGAAGAAGACCUUCCCUAACAACCAUGUGGCAUCCCAGAAGUACCCUCGAAACAGUCCCGCAGGCUUUAACCCCAAGUCCUGGAUGGAUGAUGGAGUUGGCCGCAGCGAUAACAUCUUUCCCUUUCAGGAGCGCACCAGGUCAUUUGACAGCUUCAACAUGAACACUCUGGAGAGCUCCCUGAUUGACAUCAUGAGAGCUGAGCAGGACAGCCUGAAAGGUCGUCUUGGUUUUCCUCACCCAGGAGGGGACAACCCUCUUCCCCUCAAUGCCAGGAAUUAUAGCAGGAGACGAGGCCACUCUUCUCUCUUCCCCAUAGAGGAUGGUUUCCCUGAUGAUGAACGUGGAGACCAGGGUCUCGCAGGCCUAGGUUCCCCACACUGCUUUCCGCACCAGAACGGAGAGCGCGUGGAACGCUACUCGCGCAAGGUCUUUGUUGGAGGACUGCCCCCAGAUAUAGAUGAAGAUGAGAUAACAGCCAGUUUCAGACGCUUUGGACACCUGUUUGUGGACUGGCCUCACAAAGCUGAGAGCAAAUCCUAUUUUCCUCCCAAAGGCUAUGCCUUCCUGCUGUUCCAGGACGAGAGCUCAGUGCAGGCUUUGAUCGAUGCCUGCAUCGAGGAGGAUGGCAAGCUGUACCUCUGCGUGUCCAGCCCCACCAUCAAAGACAAGCCGGUCCAGAUCCGCCCAUGGAACCUGAAUGACAGCGACUUUGUGAUGGAUGGAUCUCAACCUCUUGACCCAAGGAAAACCAUCUUUGUGGGAGGAGUUCCUCGCCCGCUCCGUGCAGUGGAGUUGGCCAUGAUAAUGGACCGCCUGUACGGUGGAGUUUGCUACGCUGGCAUCGACACAGACCCCGAGCUGAAGUACCCCAAGGGAGCGGGGCGGGUCGCCUUCUCUAAUCAGCAGAGCUACAUUGCUGCUAUCAGUGCUCGCUUUGUACAGCUGCAGCAUGGAGAAAUCGAUAAACGGGUGGAAGUGAAGCCAUAUGUGCUGGAUGACCAGCUGUGCGAUGAGUGCCAGGGAACUCGCUGCGGUGGGAAGUUUGCGCCGUUCUUCUGCGCCAACGUCACCUGCCUACAAUAUUACUGCGAGUACUGCUGGGCGGCCAUCCAUUCGCGUGCCGGCCGCGAGUUUCACAAACCCCUGGUGAAAGAGGGAGGCGACCGACCCCGUCACAUCUCCUUUCGCUGGAACUGAGCGGAAAUUAGAGAGGGAGAGGCAACAGAGGAGCAGGAGGGCAGGUAGUGCAGGAGUCGCAAAAUCAUUGUACAAAUAAAUGCACUUUUCUGUUGCUGGUUCCUUUUUGCUCCACUUUCACCCGACAUUUUUUUGCAAUUUUUUGUUAAAUUAAUAUUUAAAGACGGAAAAGAAAGAUUUACAUCCAGAUAUGUCGAGGAAGCAAAAAAAAAAAAAAGAUGUGUAAUAUGAUUUUAUUUAUAUGUUUGAUUUUUAAAAUAUUUUUAUUAGUUCUAAAAAAAAACCGUAUAUAGUAAAGUUUGAGGUGUGAUAUGGUACUCUGCUAUUUUAAUUGGGAUAUUUUUCUAAACAGUGUAUUUAAUUUUAAUUUUGAUACAAGAGGCCCCGAAACAAAUACUUGUCAUUUGACAUUCAGCUGACUUGUUUUGUAGCAGAGCUCUUACAUUUUAUUUUGUAUUGAGUCUCCAGAGCAAAUGCUGUUUGAACAGAAUAUGAUUGGCUAUUUAUUUCUGAGAGGUAGGAUUAAAGUGCCCCUAUUUUGCAUAUUUGCAUAUGUUUAAAGUCUCACUGUUUCAUGUGAGGGAGGCGGGUGUUCACUCAAAUUGAUUUUGUGAAGUCCAAAAACAAGAUUUGGGUCAUACUGUUCACUGCUGCAGUGCCUGUCUUUAACCCUCUGUGUGAAACUCUCCGUUUUGCCUCCUGUCUCUUUAAGGGCCCCCCCCUAGUGACAUAGAUAAGUCACAAAAGAAAAGCCUUUGACAGUUUCAAACAGUACAUAUAUAUGUGUGUGUGUGUGUAUAUGUGUGUGUGUAUAUGUGUAUAUAUAUAUAUAUAUAUAUAUAUAUAUAUAUAUAUAUAUAUAUAUAUCUCAAUCAUACCACACUAAAGGAUAUGGAAGAACCCAAAAGGCAUAAUAGGGGCACUUUAAGUUUGCUAUUGAUAGCUGAGGCUCCAGAGCAAAUGUGAAUUAAAAAGGGUGUUGCUAAAGAAGAGUGCACUUAUUUCCACUUUAAGUACUGAAGAUACACAGUAUGUAAGACCCUUAGUAGUUACCAAAGCUGAAUCUUAAUUAACUCUGACGAGCAGAAAGAGCCCACUGCAGAACGAAAUGGAUUCGUUUUCCCCUCCCAGAUCAAAAACGUUCGAACCUCUCGUUAUGAUUUCCAGGACCAUACAAACAUUUUGAUGUUACUUGAAAAUCUAAACAAAAUUUUAGCAACACUGAUUAGGGUUUCGAUCUCCAUUUUGACAUGCAAAAACUAAUACCUCAAACUCCGCUGCUAAUGUGCCGAAUACAGAGAGAGAGAGAGAGAGAGAAAAAAGAAACCAAGAAUGAAAACAUCAUCGCUCUCUGGUGUUCUCCUUUCCUCAGAACUAUAAUCAGAGGGAAGUGAUACAACAGGCAGAGAGUGAUGUAACUGGCACAGUUUUCUACUCAACUUGCUUCAUCACCUCCUUAUUUUUGUAAUCAAACCCAGGGUUGUGCUAGUGACAGAGCAUCGUAAAGUAUACAGUGUAUUAUUGGAAUGUAUGGUAAAGGGAGGCUACAGGAGAGACAGGCUUAGUGGUGAAGAGAGAAAUUCAGCCCCAGAUCCCCUCCUCGUGUCUGCCUGCGGCCUCUGCUGCUAAGCUUACAGCUAACAAACAGAAGGCCUCAUUCGUGGAUCACAACCUGCUCAAGGCUUGAAUCCACGUCCUUCAGGACCGAGGUUAAGGCAACGUGUCACUGAAGGACGGUAUUGCAGUUUUUAAUGGGGCUACCACCAAACAGGAAAUACCUGUCUGUGUUAGUUUUGUUUUAAUGCAUUUGUGCAAUUCUCCCAAGUCUUUAAUGGAAAAAAAAAAAAGUUUUACUUUGCAUCCAAGAGUUAGUUACAUUUAAUGAAAGAAGCAAUUAAAAGUUUAUCUGACUUUGGAAUCGUCAUCACAUGGAGGGAUCUGCCCUUGAAGCCAGGUCCCUGCCAAGCUAAUCCAACUCAGCAUCCAGUGUUUUUGAAGCAUAAAUGAAGAUAGUCUCUGCAGUGUGCUCUACUACUGCACACUUGUGACCCACAUGCAGUUUGCUCUCCAUAACGAGAUUGCAGGUCCAGUCGACUGUAGCCAGCGGCUUUUGGGAACCAAAGAUGGCUGUGCAGUAGUGGGUCAUACUGUAGCUUAUUACUUGUGUGGAAGUUUUGGUUUGUCUUUUUCAUUUUCUUCAAGGACGUUUUGCAUAUAUAUAUAUUUUUUUGUUUUCCUAAAUCUGUGAUUUCUACCCAGUUUUGCUUAACUGUCAAGCCCUGAUAGACUCCAGCGAACCAAAGAUUGGCCUUGAACAUCGUCUUUACAGAAUGCGUUAUGCAUAUGAACAAUAGUGCCGUGAAAACCAUCAGAACAUCAGUAUGGGGGGGGGGGGGGACAAAACAGGGCUUGCGA